AUGAAGUUCGCCGCCGCUCUGUCCGUUACUUCACUUGUAAGUGCCACCUAUGGCAAGUGUGCGCCCCAUGCGAAUACUACCGUCCCGGCCAUGCCCGGCGCUCCGGACCAGUGCUGUUGCUUGACAUACAAAGCUGCUUGCACUAUGGGUAUGGAGCGAAUGUUCCACAUAAAACUCUUCUACAACCGCAAGCAAGGUAUCACGCAAGAGCAGUUCAAUCGCUAUUGGGCCUACAAUCACGCCGAACUGGCGACACCCUUUCAUCUUCGCCUGGGUGUGGUGAAGUAUUCCCAGUACCACUCGACGCCCGAAUUCCGUGACUUCGGCAGUGUCGAGAACGCACCGCCCAUUCUCGAGUUCGACGGCGCUGCAGAAUUCUGGGUACACAACCUGGAGACUUUCCAAUCGAUGGGAAGCGAUCCAGAGUACCUCAAAAAGAUUCAGCCUGACGAGGCAAACUUUAUUGACCCAGAAUCGAUCCGAAUGAUCAUAGGGGUAGACUAUAUCGUUGUGGAGAGCCAAAACACGGUCAUGGAGCACGGUCGAUCUUUCUGA